GGCCAGUAGUUACUAGGAAGGAAGUUUCCAGGAGGUGAAGGUUUAGGCCGGGCCUGAAAGAGGCCGAUUGUGAUGAUCUGCAGGCGUGGAAGCGGGAGGGCCGUCAACGGAGGCGACACACAUCUGCCCUGAUUCAAAGGUGGGCCGUUCCUCGAGUAUCUAAACGUUCGUUUGUGUGGAUCUCGUCGUUCUCAGGUGCUUGGAGCGUUGUGAACAGAUACUACUUUGGAUUAUGUGCUUCUCCAACUGGACUAAGUAAACGCUGACAAUGGAUAAGUGCAAACACGUCGGUCAGCUGCGGCUUUCCCAAGACCAUUCCAUCCUCACACCCCAGAAGUGGCAUUGUGUGGACUGCAACACCACCGAGUCCAUCUGGGCUUGCCUCAGCUGUUCCCAUGUUGCUUGUGGGAGAUACAUUGAGGAGCACGCACUGAGACACUUUCAAGAAAGCGGUCAUCCUGUUGCAUUGGAGGUGAAUGAGAUGUAUGUUUUUUGCUAUCUUUGUGAUGAUUAUGUUCUUAACGAUAAUGCAGCUGGAGACCUGAAAUUACUACGAAGUACAUUAAGUGCAAUGAAAACCCAAAAUUAUCACUGCACCACCCGUAGUGGGAGGAUUUUGCGGUCGAUGGGUACAAGUGAUGAUUCUUCCCUGUCACACGAUGGUGCUCAAUCUCUGCUUCAAAAUGAAGACCAAAUGUAUACUGCUCUUUGGCACAGGAGGAGGAUGCUAAUGGGCAAAGUCUUUCGAAUCUGGUUGCAACAGUUACCCAUUAGAAGAAAAAAGCAAAAAGAACAAUCUCAGGAAAAAACAGUGACGAAAAGAGAAGUCAAGAAAAGACGACAUGAAUUAGAGGAUCCCGUUAAAGUAGAGCUGGAAAGUGUGCCUCCAAGAAAGAGUUUACGUCUGCAAGGCCUUGCUCAGUCCACCACGGUCGAAAUAGUUCCUAUUCAAGGGUUACCACAAACUCCGCCAUCACCAGCCAAAAAUGAAGUAUCGUCCACCUCAGAAGAUGCGCCACUUAAAAAAGGCAGUGACUCCUCAGUUAAAAGAAAGCCAGUAGUAACUCCUGGCGUAACAGGACUGAGAAAUUUGGGAAACACUUGCUAUAUGAAUUCUGUUCUUCAAGUGUUGAGUCACUUACUUAUUUUUCGACAGUGUUUUUUACAGCUGGAUCUGAACCAAUGGCUGACCGUGACAGCUGGUGACAAGUCCAGAUCUUAUAAGCACCCCCCAGCAACAGAUGCUGUAGCCUAUCAAAUGAAUGAAUGCCAAGAAAAGCACAUCGGCCAUGGUCGUUCCAGACACUCGAGUCUGUCAUCAGGAUUAAGUGGUGGAGCAUCAAAAAGCAGAAAAAUGGAACUUAUUCAGCCUAGAGAACCCAGUUCACAAUACAUUUCUCUUUGUCAUGAAUUGCACACUUUGUUCCAAGUCAUGUGGUCUGGAAAGUGGGCCUUGGUCUCCCCAUUUGCUAUGUUACACUCUGUGUGGAGACUGAUUCCUGCUUUUCGUGGUUAUGCUCAACAGGAUGCUCAGGAAUUUCUUUGUGAACUUUUAGAUAAAAUACAACAUGAACUAGAGACGACUGGUACCAGUUUACCAGCUCUUAUCCCCUCCUCUCAAAGGAAACUUAUCAAACAAGUUCUGAAUGUUGUGAAUAACAUUUUUCAUGGACAACUUCUUAGUCAGGUUACAUGUCUUGCAUGUGACAACAAGUCAAAUACAAUAGAACCCUUCUGGGACUUGUCACUGGAAUUUCCAGAGAGAUACCAAUGCAAUGGAAAAGAUAAUGCUUCCCAACCAUGUCUGGUUACUGAAAUGUUGGCCAAAUUUACAGAAACUGAAGUAUUAGAAGGAAAAAUCUACGUAUGUGACCAAUGUAACUCAAAGCGCAGAAGGUUUUCACCAAAGCCAGUUAUUCUCACAGAAGCCCAGAAACAGCUGAUGAUAUGCCACCUGCCUCAGGUGCUCAGACUGCAUCUCAAACGGUUCAGGUGGUCAGGACGUAAUAACCGGGAGAAGAUUGGUGUUCAUGUUGGCUUUGAGGAAAUCUUAAAUAUGGAGCCCUAUUGCUGCAGGGAGACCUUGAAAUCCCUCAGUCCAGAAUGCUUUAUCUAUGAUUUAUCUGCUGUAGUAAUGCACCAUGGGAAAGGAUUUGGCUCAGGACACUACACUGCGUACUGCUAUAAUUCUGAAGGAGGAUUCUGGGUACACUGCAAUGAUUCCAAGUUAAACAUGUGCACUAUGGAUGAAGUAUGCAAAGCCCAAGCUUACAUCUUGUUUUAUACCCAGCGAGUUACUGAGAAUGGAAAUUCUAAACUUUCGUCCCCCGAGCUCCUGCCUAGUCUAAGCCAGUGUUCCAAUGAAGAAGCCAAUACCUCUUCUAAUGAAAUCUUUGGCUGAUCCCAAGACAGUGGGGUUUCUUCUUGUCACCUGUA